CCCCAGGGAAAAAAAAAAACCAAACGCACGCAAAGCCACACGCACCCCGACCCGUUCCCAGGCCAUCACACCACCGCCACCUCCUUCCCCUCCGUCCCUCGCCGCUGCCGCCGCUGCUGUUAAGGCCUGCCGGCCUCCGAUGGCGAAGACCCGCAAGUCUCCACCCCCGCCCCCGCCGCCGCCCCCGGCAGAAACGCCAUCCCCGCAGCGGCGGCACAAGAAGAAGGGCCGCCCCUCCCUCCUCGACCUCCAGCGCCGCAGCCUCCGCCUCCAGGCCCAAAACCCUAGCCCCGCCCCAUCACCCUCCCGCCGGGAACCCAACCCCUCCGACGACGACGACGAUGGGGCCGGGAGCGGGCGGCGGCGGCAGAAGCGCCUCAAGAGCGUCCUCUCCGGCGGCGUCAAGGAGGAGCCGGGGGAGGGGAAGAAGGAUGCAGCGAAAGCGACGGGGAAAGGGGAUGCUGCGUCGGAUGGUGGGCCCACGGGAACGCCCCUCCCAGACAAAAAGUUGCUGCUCUUCAUCCUCGAUAGGCUCCAGAAGAAGGAUACUUAUGGAGUUUUCUCAGAGCCUGUCGACCCAGAAGAGCUUCCAGAUUACCAUGAGAUUAUCGGGCAUCCUAUGGACUUCUCAACGAUCCGUGAGAAGCUGUUGAAUGACUCGUAUUUUACCUUAGAGCAGUUCGAGAAUGAUGUAUUUCUACUUACAUCAAAUGCCAUGUCUUACAAUUCAGCCGACACAAUCUACUAUCGGCAGGCACGAUCUAUUGAAGCUCUUGCCAAAAAGGAUUUUGAGAACUUGAGGCAACCUAGUGAUGAAGAAGACGAACGGCCCAAGCCACCAGCUCGAAGAGGCAGGCCGCCUAAGAAUCCCAAGACGGAUGGUGAUGUGUCACCAGAUUUAUCCAAUGUAACAACAAACAAACCUGAAGACAAUGCAGAAACAAUAAGAAAAAGAUCGACCGGAGACAGAACUCGAAAUACAAAUAUCCCAACAAAAGAUUCGUCCACUUUUCACACCAUGCUUCAUUCUUUUAGUGCAAAAAGAGCAGAUAAAAUUGGUGAUUAUUCAGGCUCUUCCAAGUGGGGAAAGAAGCCUACUGGUUUAGAUGACGACCAUCGGAGUACAUAUGAUCAUCAUUACUCACGUGACAGUUCUCUGUUUACUGCCCUUGAUGAUGAAAGGAGACUACUAGUGCCAGUUGUGCUUCAGCAACAGCAUGCAUAUGCUAGGAGCUUGGUGCGAUUUGCAGCAAAAUUGGGUCCAGUUGGCUGGGAUACAGCAGCAAAUCGAAUAAGAUGGGCGCUGCCCCCUGGGACAAGCUUUGGCCAAGGAUGGGUUUUAGAUGGUGAGCCACCUCAAAACACUCAGUGGUCUCCUGUUGUUGCAACCACCAAUCCCUCCUCUCAGCCCACUGCUCCACCCCCCGACAUGACAUCCAAUAAUGAUAUGUUCCAUCACAAGCCUGUACUGUCUUCAAAUGGGGUUGUUACUGGCGAAGAGCAUCUAACUAGAACUCAAACAGUAGCUUCUACAUCAGCAGGCUUUGAUAAGAGCUCUGAAAUUGGCACUAAAGUAAUCAAGUAUAAGAAUGGAGUUAACGAGUCGUGUGGUGAUGAUACUGGACCAUCGCCUCCUUUCCAGCACAACAGCCACAGUCGAGAAAUCCACUCUAAUGUCAAUGGCUUCACUGCUGUGUCAAACACCAUUAGUCAAUAUUCUGGACAAGGGAUAUUUGGAUCAGGCAUUCCUAUGACACAUGCUCAAGUGCUUGGGAUGUUUUCUGGAGUCAAUGGCAGAGCCAACGGCUAUAUCCAUGGGCACCCACUAACUGCUGAUAAUGUUAAAACAUCACAUAAUGUAGAUGUUGGGAAGGCAACUGCCAAUCCUGUGCAAGUUGCAGGCCAUGAUCGAAAGCCUCUAAAUGAUAAUAAUUCUGCUAUGCCAACCUUAAAUGGUGGUGUCCAGUCAUCAGGUUCCCCACCUAGGGAAAAGGUAGCAAAUCCAAAGCAGCCUGGCCUGUCUUUGCAGCUUUGAUAACAUCGGUAGUCAUUGACAUAGUUCACCUUAGUACUAUGAUCUGUGGUGCAAAGGCAUGACUUAAAUACUGCUUCUUCAGGCCUAAUUCUCAAGCUUCUGACACGCAGAUAGUCAUUUGUAGCACACCAAGUGGAGCUCAGAAAUAACGAAGAAAUAAGAGAAGAUUUUUUGUCAGAGAAUAACACGAGCAGUCGAGGGAAGCAGAAUAGAUAGGGCUAUUUAAUUAUUUGACCCCCGUGGAUUGUUGUAAAAGGGUAGGUAGUUUGUACAGAUUCUAAUCUUAUUGGAGACCUGUUGUCCAAUUUGUAACAUUAUAGUGCAGGAAGUAUACAAGAAGAAGGCAGUGAAUAAUUGUGCCUUUUUGUUCCCUGAGAUCAUUCCCAAAUGUAUGAGUGACCAAUUGUGAUAGCUGGAACACGGAUUCCCAGUUGAGCAACCUCGGUCAAAGCUUGCUUGAGCAUGA